AUAGAAAACUGAUAUCAAUAAAACCAAUAAAGACAUCGCUUUGGUACAUUCCAUAAUAUGACGUUUCCAAGGAGGUCUUCCGUUAAUGUGCACGUGAAAUUAGUAGACAUGGUGCUGCGUUUAGGUCCGUCAUGGCAGCGAUUUAAAGACAAGGGAUUUGUGUUUGACUAAAUCCCCAUGGCCUCUUCCUUUGCACAGUUGUGUCUGCGAUGCAGAGGUCUCCUGGGCUCCAGGGCUUUGCAGCAUUACGCUCAAGUUCAACACUGUAGUGUUAUACACCCCCCUAGUGCCAACAUCAGAUGUCCUACCUGUAACACAAAAUCAGUUACCAUUAGACUUGGAACCUGCCGGUGAAUACUCAGCAUUGGAGGAGAUCAGUGAUGAGGAGGCAGUCGGUAUUUCUCUUCCUUCUAUUCCCCCAGUUUCCAGCUCUCUAAGGGAUUAUGUUGACAAGUCCGAGACUCUUACCAAACUGGUGCAGCUAGGGGUGAAUCUGUGGAAACUGGAACAGAGGCCUAAUGUGGGCUCCAUGCUCCUGAGACUCGACUUCAAGGCAGAUAUUGUACCCCGGCUGCUGUUUCUCAAAGAGAUUGGAGUGGAGGAUUCACGUUUUGGUUACAUUAUUACCCACAAUCCAUUUAUUCUCACUGAGAAUUUGGAAAACCUACAAGCCAGGGUCAACUUUCUGAAGUCAAGGAAGUUCUCCUCAGAGACUGUUGCAUCCAUGGUGUCCAGAGCACCUUAUCUCCUCAACUUUAGUGUAAAGAGGCUGGACAACCGACUAGGUUUCUAUCAAGAGCAAAUUAAGCUCAGUGCUUCAAACACACGGAGUCUCGUAGCUCGGCUUCCCAGAUUGCUGUGCGGCAGCUUGGAGCCUGUCAAAGAAAACUUAAAGGUGUGCGAAAUAGAGCUUGGCUUCAAGGGAAAUGAGAUCCAACACAUCGUCAUUGCUGUUCCAAAGGUGUUGACCGCCAAUAAAAGGAAACUAACACAGAUUUUUGACUUCCUCCACAACAACAUGAAGGUGCCCCACUACCUGAUUGCAAAGUUCCCACAGGUACUCAAUACAAAGUACCUGCGUCUUAGAGAGCGCCACCUCUUCCUGGAGUAUCUUGGAAAGGCUCAAUAUGACCCAACCCUGCCCGGCUACAUCUCCCUGGAUCGCCUGGUGUCCUUGCCAGAUGAACCUUUUUGCAUGUUAAACAUGGCGUCAAGAGCACCCGUGGCGACCGGCAGGCUUAUGCUUGGUUUCCGUAAAUGGUACUAUAACAUGUGUGGCUUCAACAAACUUGGCUUGAUGCGUGAUGACACAAUCUACGAGGAUUCGGAUGUGAAGGAGGCCCUGAGGAGGCUUCCGGAGGGCAUUUACAACGACAGGAUGUUCAGGAUUAAGAGGGCCCUGGAUCUCUCUAUGAAGCAGCAGGUUCUCCCAAAAGACCUGUGGACAAAAUACGAAGAGGAUAUUCAUUACCUGUCACCUUAUCUGGAUGAAGUGAUCCGUGAGAGGAAAGAAAAGGAGGAAUGGAUGAAGAAAUAAACUCUGCUCACGGUUGUCAAUCUCGUCUCAGUUGGUGCAUGAUCGUCCCCUGGUGUAAUAUUUAAAAUGUAACCUAUAUUAAGACUGCUAAUUAAAAAAAUGUACAUUUUGAAUGGUGUUUAGUUUUAUUUGUGUGUACACGGGUGUUUGAAUUUGAAUUAUUGGUAUGUCACAAUCAGUGUUAUACAUCAGUGAUGUACUUUAUAACACGAGCUACAAAAAAAAAAAGCUUCUAUUUGACUCACC